CUCCUUUCCCUGUGUCACCCAGCACUCCCUAUCCUCGCCAUGGCUCCCAAGUUCGACCUCUCCACGCCCAAGGGCCUGAUGCCGUUCAACGGCUACAUCUCGUCCAAGUCGUACGUGGAGGGCUACUCCUACUCGCAGGCGGAUGCGGACAUGUUCGCCACCUGCGCUGGCGUCCCGGACAAGGCCAAGGCGCCCCACGCCUACCGCUGGUACAUCCACAUCGCCGCCAUCAAGGGCGUCAGGAGCUUGAGCUUGGCGCCCAGCAGCGGCUCUGCCCCGGCCGCGGCGCCUGCGUCUGCUCCGAGGGCGGCACCCGCGGCGAAGGCCACUAAGGUCGACGACGACGACGAUGACGACGACGACCUCUUCGGGGACGAUGAAGAGGAGGAGGCGGCCAAGCCCGCGGAGAAGAGCCGCGCUGAGAAGAUGGCGGAGGCUAAGGCUGCCAAGGACGCCAAGAAGAAGGUUGACAGGUCGCAAAUUGUGUUUGAGGUGAAGCCGUGGGACACGGAGACGGACCUCAAGGGCUUGUUCGCCAAGAUUUGCAAGACUAAAAUUGAGGGGCUUGUCUGGGGAGAGGCGCACAAGCUCGUGCCCGUGGCGUUCGGCGUGAAGAAGCUGGUUCUAUCGUGUGUUGUGGAAGAUGACAAGGUUGGCGUUGAAGACAUCACUGACGUCAUCGAGGGUUUCGAAGACGAAGUACAAAGCGUGGACAUGACCACCAUGAACCGCCUGUAGUCUGGAAAAUCCCUUGUAAAAUGGAGACUUUUUCGAUUUUGUCAAAGGUCGUCAGCUUGUCUAUUGUGUUUUUUUGGUGCCUUGUGCGUGUGUGUUGACACACGGGGAUGACGCUCGCGGUUGUGUGCGUGCGAGGGCGGGGGGCAGCCUUCUGCUGCUAUUGUGAGGCACGAAAAGGACUACCGCCGUUCGCUGUCGCUCCGUUGAGUCUGGUUGAUGUUUGGAUGUGUGCGGAGCACACAACCUCAUAGUGGGGGUACGACCAAGACUGCUGUUUGGUCAUCCUUGUUGAUGUUUCUGUUGGCGUGCACAGAGCACACAACCUCCCCGAAUCAGCCCUUGAGGUCCACAAGUUUUGCAAAUCGAUUCUUGAGUGCUACAGCAGUAGUAGCUGUUUCGUCGUAUCACUCGGCUUGCGGCACAGACUCUUGAUUGGGAUCCUACACCGCGGGGCGCCCUGUUUUGCUUCUUCAAGCCACACCUUGUUGGACAUUCUCGACGAGGCAGGCGCGGUGUUCCCGUCCAGCCUACUCUAGUACUUGCAGGGUUACGAGCUCCACUUACGGUGCCAUAUGGCUACGGCUGUGUCGCACCACGUAUGUUUGCGGACAGCUCUACUACGAGAAUUUGGCGACGGUUUUGAUGGAAGCACUGCUGUCUGGUCCGUGUGUCCGAUUUGGACAUUCAUGUUCAUCUUUCUCCGCGUGUGUCUGGUUUGCUCAACGCACCAGAUAGAUGUUGUCGCGUAUCGAAUGGUGUUGUUCUCGCAUCAUGCGUGAUACUUGUGGCGUUUGGUGGCUUUCUCACCUACAGCCACCCUCAGCGGUCGACAAUCACGUACGCAUUCGACUCUGUGCGAGGAGUGCUGACGGAAAAAGCAGAGUGAUGAGCAGGGCAAUCAAGCUGUAGAACCCGGAUGAGAGAUAAAAAAAUAGAUCAGUGAGGCCGGGUCGGCGAGUUGACACCUCGCGAUGAAAAAAUUAGAACGUCUGCCGCUUGGUUUCUCUAUUUCACGUGGAUCAGAGACAUCGCACGCGAAGCUUUCCUCACUCCGGCAGAAGAAGCCGCUUCUGGUGUUUAGUUGUGUGCUACUCUAGACCGUCUCCAGAGUGACCCUUGUGAACUGCCCACUCGUUUGACAGAAUAGAUACUUUAAUACCCGCGCCACUUGUUACAUCUCGGUGAUGACGGAGAUCUGUUAUUGCUGAUGUAUUGUCGGCGGUCAUGUUGACUUGAGCAAGAAAGACUGAAGAGCUGUUGUCUGAGAGGUCUGUGUAGCUCAGAGGUGCGGCGAUGAUAAAUGGCUGCUCGUUGUGUAGACGGCGGUACAGGUAUACGAUCACACGGUACAGUACACUCUCUGAUCCGGUAAAGUUUGAACCGUGUUGGCAUGGCGCAGCAGUUUCAUCAUCGUGUUUCAAGAAGGGGUGUGAAUGCAAUAUAUGCACGUGCAGCAGAUAGCAUGCGCCAACCAGCAGCCAGCAGAGGUUGGAAAUACGGGACUGUCAGAUGUCAGAGAUAUGAUACAUGAUCAAAAAAAGUUCGAAACCCGA